ACUGCGCGGCUCCACGCCCGCCGCCAUGGGCGCCUCGGGCAGCGCUCCUGCUACCCCCGUGCCCGGUUCCCUCCGCAACCGCCACCUGGCUCACGUUAGCGACCCUCGUUCCCCAAGCGCCGGCAUCCUGCGCACCCCCAUAGAGGUGGUGAGCUCCCCCGCCGGCAGCCCCCAGCCCGGCCCCGCCCAGGCGGGCGUUCAGGACGCCGACCCGCGCUCGCCGACGCCCGGCAUCUACCGCACGCCCAUGAAGGACACGCCGAGCGACAGCGUGGAGUGCCUGGUCAGGCAGCUCGGAGAGGCCUUCGCCGUCGAGACCGUGACCCCGGAGCCGCCGCCACCCGUAGCGGCGCGCGCGCUUGAGGAGCCGGCCCUGCAGGGCGCCGUGGAGCUGCAGCCCGGGAGAGGCCUCGAGCCCGGCUGUGAGGCGGCCGCGCGUCCGCACCGCUGUGCCGGGCCCGGCCUGGCCACGGGGGGCAAGCACAUAAGACGCAAGGCCAGCAACAAGAUCUUGGCAACAUCUGGUGGAAUUGUCCGCUCUCCUUUCAGUAUCCUACAAGAUGAUAAUUCCCCUAGUGCCCCUGUCCAACGCCAGGCUAAGAAGCACAUACUGGGGGAGAACCCUGGGGAAAAGGAAGUGGCAGUGGAUCUGAGCAGGAGCCUCAAAGCUGGGAACUGUGCUUGGAGUGACCUGAACAAAGAAAACCAACACUGUCCUUUUGUGGAGAACUAGAGAUUUCUUUUUCCAAAGAACCUUGCUGUAAUUCUCUUCUUUUGAGAGAGUCCUCUAGGAAUGGAAAAUCCUGAAAUAGACUAAGACUCCAGACUCAUGAUUGCUCUUCUAUUAUCUUCCCAACAGAAAAAGUUGAAUUAUAGAAUCAUUGAGGUUGGAAGAGGCCACUGAGAUCAGCUAGUCCAAGCGCCAAUCAACACAUCUGUGUUGAUCUACUCAUGUUAGGCUUUGUCUAAAAAUAGUUUACUAACUUUAUGUAUUUCAUGUACAGUACAGGCUUUGGUUCUCUGUAGGCUGUACUGACUGUAUAGUUCCUUUAGUAAAUAAAUUAAUCUUAAAACUUA